AUGCUUCGCUUCGUUGACAUGCUGCAGCGCGUGUGCGGCCGAUGUUUUGGGUGGAAUAGCGUCGAGCCGUCGUUGCCGCCGCCCCACCCGGACGUGUACGUAUUCUUCGGCUCCCAGACAGGCACGACAGAAGGGUAUGCCAGGAGGUUGGUGGCCACCGCUCGCCACCGCAACGUCCACGCCGACGCCAUGUCCCUGAGCCAGUUUGAUGUGGCAAACUUGACGCAAUACACGAUGGUUAUCUUCAUGGUAGCGAGCUACGGCACGGGCGGCCCGACGGACGACGCGUCGGCAUUCUAUAGCUGGCUCAAGACGUCGCUCAAGCCGGACCUGUCGACGAUGCACUACACGGUCUUUGGCUGCGGCAACUCGGACUAUACGGACUCGUACAACGGGAUGGCAAAGUUCGUCGACGCCAAGAUCGGAGCGUUCGGGGCCACCCGUUUCUACGACUUGACGCUUGGCGACGCGGCGGGGGAAAUCGAUCACUUGGACAACGACUACGCCGCGUGGGAAAGCACCAUCUUGGACGUCCUGGCUAUUCCAGCCGCUACUUUGGCCGAGGCACAUGUGGACGGUGCCACGUACGCAGCGGUGAGCACGCCGCGCCCUCUGCCCCGAUCGGGUUCCACGCUGCACGCGGCGCUGUAUCUGCCGCCCGCAAUGCAAGUCUUGUCUGUCCAAGCGCUGUCGUCGACUGCGGUCCAAGUCGACUUUGCCACGGACGUGCCAUAUAAAGCCACGGAAACGCUGGCCUUGUAUCCUCAGAACGCGAUCGAGAUCGUCCAGGCCGUGGCGAGUCGCUGCGGCUUCAACUUGACCCAGUGGGUGCACUCCCCGAGUGAACUCACCCACCAAGAGCACAACCCUGCCAACAUCCCGCUGCCUUGCAAGGUCAUCGACGCGCUCACGCACUACGUCGACCUCUGCGCGGUGUCUCGCACCAUCCUGACGGCGCUCGCCCCUCAUGCCACGAGCCCGUCGGACGCUGAACGACUUCGUCAUCUCGGCUCGAUCGAUGACGCGUACGCUGACGUGGUCCGGAAGCCUCGGUUGUCUCUGGUGGGGGUCCUGCAUGUCUUUCCUAGCGUUCAACUGUCGCUCGCGGCAUUGCUGGCGAUUGCCAGUCCCAUGAAGCCCCGACGGUACACGAUCGCGUCGAGUCCCGCGGCAAGCCCGCAUGUGAUUCAAUGCUGCAUUUCCGUCCCGGAGAACCCGCUCGCACACAUCCACCACCACAACGGAACGAUGGGCGCGUGUGUGGUGUCGCUAUUGAAAGCCCAUCUCGCAAGAGCAUCGCCGCCAUCUGCAUCCGACUGCGUGUGGUUUCGAGGAUCGCACCAGGCGUCGACGUUUUUCUUCCCCGACUCGCAUGAAGCGCCCGUCAUCCUUGUCGCGGCUGGCUCGGGCAUUGCUCCGAUGCGAGCCAUUUGGCAAGAUCGCAACGAGGCAGCCAAGCGCGGCGAGCCCGUGGGCAAGACCAUGCUGCUCUUUGGGUGUCGAGACGGUGAGAGUUGGUUGUACCGGGACGAGCUGGAAGCCUUGGCCCCUCUGCACGUCGAAUGCCUCGUGGCGUACUCGCGGGAACCCGGCCAAGAGAAGAAAGAAUACGUUCAAGACGUGUUGGAGGCGAACCUUGACGCAGUCGUCACUUUGUUGGACACAGCCAACGCGUUUGUUUACGUUUGUGGCAAGAUUACCAUGGCGCAGCAAAUCCAAGCGCUAUUACGUCGCGAUAGACUUGCGAGUUGGUGGGACGCGAUAGUGUCGUCCCGUCGGUACAACCAAGAAGUGUUUGGAUAA